GACUAAUGAAACAGAUUUGAUAUAAUCGGGUGCAGUACAGAACAUUACCCGUGUAAAUUAGCUCUAUAUGUAACCAAAAUCGCUAUCGACAGGCAAAAUGGCCAUCUUGACCCAAAUUUUCUCAACCAAUGAAUUGGAAUUUGCUUCCCAACUACUGCACCUUGCCGUUACCCUGUCGUCCGUGCAUGUAGUGUUCUAGACUUUUUGUAUCGUUUACUGUUUGACCUUUCAUCUAUUGGCCUCAUUUCCUGGUCCUUGGCUGGCUACUAUUUCAGUAUGGUGGCUCUAUUACGAGGAAAAAGGCUGGCAUGUCGAAGAAAAUUUGAAGGUCUUACACCAAAAAUAUGACACUCAUAUUGUUCGUAUCGGGCCGAACGAGCUGCACAUCGACGAUGUCUCUGUCUACGACGAGAUCUACUCCCAAAGGUACCGUUUUCUGAAGGAGCCUGGCUUCUAUGCCUCCUUCAAUGCACCGAACACCGUUUUUUCUGAGUGCAUGCCAGCUGUUCACCGUGAACGCCGGAAGAUGAUAAAUCCUUUUUUCUCAAGGCAAGGUAUUGUCGCAGUUCAAUCCCUUAUAUACGCCAAAGCCAACUUGAUGAUCAACAAGAUGCGUGGAUUCGAAGAGGAUGGAGCUAUUCACCUUUACAGUGCCAUCCGGUGGCUUUGAAUUCUUCGAGGUCUUGUCUUUUGCUAAUUGAACGCCUUGAUAUACAGAUGCUUGACUAUGGACUUCAUUGCCGAGCACUCAUUUGGACAGUCUUUUGGCCUUCUGGAGAAUUCCAAGGAUCGCACAUUUCGGCCUGACAUUCUCCUUGCUUUCGAUUUGACUUUAGAAGGCUUACUAAACUUCCGCUACUUUCCAAUCUUGCGACUAUUUAGCAACUGGAUGCCUGCAGCAUUAAUGGCCGCUUUAGAUCAAAAAAUUUCAAAAUUCAGGAGCUAGAGAUGACCUUGAGAGAGGCCAAGGCAUCAUUCGAUGAGGCGCACGCCAAUGGCAAGAAAUUCGAACGUGUAGCUCUUUUUGACUCACUUUCAAGUCUAUUUAAAAAGCAGACACAUUCCGAAUCCAUUGAUAUCAUAACCGCUGGUUCAGACACAACUGCAACAACCUUAGGAUAUCUAAUCAACAGUGUUCUUGCGAAUCCCGAUAUCUUGCGGAAAUUGAGAGCUGAGCUGGAUGCUGGACUUCCAGAUAAGAAAGCGAAUUGGCCUUUAUUAGAGCUUGAAAGAUUUGAAUACCAGACUGCCUGUAUCAAGGAGACUCUUCGCUGUGGAUUGCCUCUUCAAGAACGCCUUCCGCAAAUCGUUCCUUAUCCACAGCAAGGUGCUUUACCGUUUGUAGUUGAUGGAAAGGUUAUAACACCUGGGUCAAUUGUUGGAAUGUCCGCUACAACGAUGCAUCACAGCGAAUCUAUCUGGGGUCCUGAUAGCCAAGUUUUCAAGCCAGAAAGGUGGUUGGGUCCUGAUUCGAAGCAGCUUGAGAAGUUUUUGGUCACAUUUGGGAAGGGUGCAAGACAAUGUAUAGGAAUCAAUUUAGUCUACGCUGAGCUGCGUAUCGUGGCGUCAAAAUUGUUUAGAUGUCUUGAUAUGUCUCUCGACAGCAGUAUGACGAAGAGCGAUAUGAAUCAACUUGACUGUUUUACAACGUCAUUUGAGGGAAUUGGUGUACGAGUUUUCAUUCGGGGGGAACGUUCAUGAUUCGUUAGUGAACGAUUAUGUAGAGGAUAAAUGGAUUUAUUAUCAGCAAGAAUCAUUCUUGAAUAAGGGUUGGAGAUGAUGGGUUGUCUUAUUGUGUAUCAAUCUAAAGAGAAUUUUCAUGAGAUAGCUAUUAUAAGUAUAGUUUUCUUUACGAGGAGGAACUAGAUAGUAAAGAAUGCGA